AUGGCUCACGUCUUUGACCAAGAUUAUGCUGCGGCUGCGGUAGCUGUCAAUUUGCUAAGCCAUGUGCGGUUAAUACUUAAGAUGGACAAGGCGUAUACUAACUAUUCUGCUCAGUAUCUGUUGGACAAUGCUUGUUCCAAGAAGGAAGCUGGACAAGGAGAAACAGACCGUGACUCCUCCAAGCUUACUGCCAAAGAUUGUCUUGAGUUUGUUUUCAAAGAAGGGAUACCGAAAGAAGAUGAUUGGACACAUUUGGGAUGUCUUUCAAAGCCCCCAUCUGCUUAUAACCCUGCUCGCGUUUACAUGAAAGGAAAAGUGAUUGAACCUGAGGAUUUGAAUGAAGCAAUAAUCUUCAUGGUGCAGCAACCGAUAGGAGCAAAGCUGCAUGUGUUCAGUCCGGAGCUUGAUGAUCAUGUUGGAGAAAACGGAAUUUACAUUGGCAGGUCAUCUGAUGAAACGCGCUAUGUAGGACUUGUAGAAGUGAUGAUAGUUGCAAUGAAGAGGAUAACUGGAGAGCAACCUAUUGCGACUGUGAAGAUGUACCACAAGAACAAGAAGGAUACAUUAGUCACAGUGGCUUUGGACACUAAGUCUGGACCACUGCUUGUUGACUUUUUUCUCCCACUUUUAUCUCGCUAG